AUAUACAUAUAUAUAUAUAUGACUUCUUUUUAUUAGUAUAUUCUAUGCAGUUAUAUUGCGCCGUAAUUAAAAUAAUGAAGCAAUUCUCGAGCUAAGUUUUGCAUGAACUGAACCGCAGUAGCAUUGAUUAACCUGCGUCGUCGCACGGAUAUUUGCUUAAAAACUUGCAGAUUAAUUUUACACUGAAUUGAAAUUAGAAUACGAGUCGAGAUUCGGAUAAAAUCAAAUUUCCGUCGAGUCUGUCUUCUUGCCUCGAGAAAUGGAAAAACAAUUGAGGCGAGGAACAAUAUGUAAAACAGAUUUAUUUUGGGAGGGGCAUUUCUGUAAAUGGAACCGAAUUUCGGUUUCUCGUACGCCAAUAAAUUGAUCAUAGUCGAAUCAUCUUUUUCACCAAGGAUAUUAUUAUAGUUUAAUCUUUAAUCUUUAACUAAGUAGUUCACAUUCGAAAUAAAAUUGACGAAACCACAUAUAUUUGUAUAAUCUGCAGAUCUGAUUUGAUUUGUAAUCAAAUUAAUACCAUGCAACGAGAGAUUGUUUAAAAUAAUGAGAAACACCGGUCAUGAACGUCAUCGAACGCAACAACAAACGUCCUUUGAUGGUGGUGCGCGAGAACGAAAGUGGUGAUAUAAAAAAGAGUGGCGAGAUCACGUGUGAAUCGGAUUCAAGUACAGAAGUGCGAUCAUGUAAAACUGUAUACAGAAAUCGAUGCAAAAAACUCGUGGUUGUAUCUGACACUUCAUUGAAUAUUAUUUCAUUUACCGAUUCAAAUAAAAAUGAUCGAAAACCAAUUAUUCCCAAAUGUUUAACGGAUAAAAAAGAUGAAAAAGGUGAUUUGUCAUUUGUGGAUACCGACGAUGUCGAAUCAAGAAAGGAAGGAAUUUCAAUCAAGAAAAAAAAGAAAAAACGAAGAUAUUUGACGAUAUGUACGAGUAAUUGUAAAUACGACGCGGUGAGACGAGUGGCAGCUCGUUUUGGAAUGAAAGAAGUUACCGAAGAUAGCAGUUGGAAUCUUUACUGGACAGAUUUGAGCGUGAGCGUGGAACGGGCGAAAGAUAUGAAGAGAUAUCAAAAGGUUAAUCAUUUUCCCGGAAUGACGGAAAUCUGUAGAAAGGAUUUAUUAGCUCGAAACUUGAAUCGCAUGUUGAAGCUUUUUCCAAAAGAUUAUAACUUUUUCCCCAAGACAUGGUGUUUUCCCGCAGACCACGGAGAAGCGAUAGCCUAUGCGAAAUUAAGACGCUCGAAAACUUUCAUCAUUAAACCUGAUACAGGGUGUCAAGGACGUGGCAUUUACUUGACAAAAAACUUGAGAGAUGUUAAACCGAGCGAGCGCAUGAUUUGCCAAGUUUACGUGGCCAGGCCCUUCCUGGUAGACGGUUACAAAUUUGAUCUUCGUAUCUACGCAUUGCUCACCUCCUGCGAUCCUCUUAGAAUUUAUGUGUACAAUGAUGGUCUUGCGAGAUUUGCCACGAGUAGAUAUAAGGAACCCACCGGUCAUAACACAUCUAAUGUUUUUAUGCACUUGACUAAUUAUGCCGUGAAUAAACAUAGUCGAAUGUAUGUAAUCGACGACGAAAUCGGUAGCAAAAGGAAAAUAUCGACUUUGAAUAAGUGGUUUAAAAUGAAAGACAUCGAUGUGGAUGAAAUGUGGCGUAAAAUCGACGAGAUCAUUAUAAAAACGAUUUUGGCGGCAUAUCCUAUUCUGAAACAUAGUUAUCAUACGUGUUUUCCUACACACGAUAAAACAUACGCAUGUUUCGAGUUACUCGGUUUCGACGUGUUACUCGAUUGGAAACUAAAACCAUAUCUCUUAGAGGUUAAUCAUUCACCGAGUUUUCAUACAGAUGCACAAAUCGAUAAGGAUAUAAAGGAGGGUCUGUUAAUGAAUACAUUUGAAAUGCUAAAUUUUCAACAAUGCGAUAAGAAAAAAAUUAUCGAAGAAGAUAGGAAGCGAGUUAGGGAUAGGCUGCUUCAGGGAAUAAAUUCUAAGGAUAGCAAUACGAAUGAUUCGAUCGGUACGACAUCGAAACCUGAAAAGUUGGAGGAAGAUUAUCUUCAAAAGCAAUUUAAAUGGGAGGAAGAACAUAUGGGCAAUUUCCGUAGGAUUUAUCCAUGUUCCGACUGUGAAAAAUACGAACCAUUUUUUAAACAAACUAACAUAUCCGUUUAUCAAGAUACUGCGGCAUCUAGAGCUCGAGAGGAAGCAUCCAGGAUCCAAAAGGAAGAAAAUGAGGUGAAAAUAAAGGAACAAGAAAAUAAGAAGAUUUCUGGUAAAUGCAGUGAUUCGAAAUUACAUUCGGAGAGUCCAAACGCGACGCAGAAGAAUACAAUAACAAAUGAUCAGGAGAAGAAUAAAUCUGUGAAUGUAUCGAAAAAAAAUACUUCUUGUUUACAUAUAAAGAAGCAAACGACUUCAAAUAAUAUUUCACAUUCGUUCGAGCCAGAGAUUAUCUGUGAAUCUGAGGAAAGAGAACGUGUCACAUCAUUAGCGCAACGGGAUUUCUUGAUUAAAAGUUAUGGAAUGUUGGAACAAAUAUAUAUGGCAAUGAAAAAGAACGGUACAUUACGAGCUAUCGACGAGAAAAAAUAUGGAUUAUACGGAAGACUUGGGUAUACAGAUAACAUAAGUAGAAGUGCGUCUAUUUGUAGACACAAAUGUCAUAUUCACUCUUCUGGAAUAGAGACAAGAUAUGAACCAUGGAUAAAUCAAUCAUCGCAAUUUUGCCUGAAAGCAAGGUAAAGUGAUGGACGAUAAUUUUGCAUUCAUGAACUUAAAAAACAAAAAAUUUUUAUAUGCGAGGUGAGGUAUAUGUUUGAAUUCUGGAAAAACGAAUACAAAAACAAUUCGUUCGAUUUACAGAUUUCAAGGUAAUUUGUAACGAAAAACCGGUUUAUAUUCGACCAAAGAUACCAAAGAAAUUUUGGAUAAAUGAUCUGAAUUCGAAAGAUCGAAACUGUCGAAUUACGAAAGCUCAUGUUGCUCGUACUUUAUCGAAUAUUGUACGCCUUCAUACGCUCGAAAAACGACAAAAGUUCUAUCUUAAAUUUUAAUAAGUACGCGCUAUGAUUUAAUGAACAUUCUUACGAAAGAGACAUAGUGUGAAUCGAAUACACAUUUGGACACAAUUGUAUUUCAUGAUUGCUAUUUUAAGUAAUUUCUAACAAUUCCGUUAAUUUAUAAUAUUAAAUUGUACUACUUUUUUUUAAAAUUUCAUUAAAAGAAAAAAAAAAGGAAAAAUACUCAAUUAUUAUAAAUAAUAAGAUCAAACAUUUUGAUAUAUUAAAUUAAGAAAAUAAACUAUCACUUUGAACUA